UUGCAAUGGUUUGCUGGUCAGUGCAGCGUUUCCUGUUCCUCUUUCUCAGCUGGGGUUGUGCAGUGUCCAGGCUAGUGACAGGCUGCCAGGGAGCCCAGCGCCACGAGGGAUUCACUGGGACUCCCCUGCUUCCCGGGAGCUGGGGCUGCAGACACCUUCGCCCCUACCUGCGGUCUCUCAGGCAGGAGCUGGCUCUCGGCGGCCAGUGCCAUGGGCUUUGGAACGGAGCUGUGCGGCCCCCAGGCACACAGCGCCCUGCUGCAGCUGCAGGACUCUGAGCUGCGCCUCCUGGAGCUGAUGAAGAAGUGGAUGGUGCAGCGAGCCAAGAGCGACAGGGAGUAUGCGGCCCUGCUGCACAACGCGUUCUGCCAGCUGGAGAAGCAGGAGUGUUUUGGGCAGCCCCCACCAGGAGACUACAAAAGCCAGAUCAGCAAGUCCUGGUGGGUGCUGGCGAGCCAGACGGAGGUGCUGAGCCAGAUCCUGCGGCGCCAUGCAGAGGACCUGGCCGCUGGGCCCCUGAACAAGCUGAGCCUGCUGAUCCGCGACAAGCAGCAGCUCCGCAAAGCCUACAGCGAGCAGUGGCAGCAGCUGAACCAGGACUACGUCAGGACAAGCCAGCAAGAGCUGGAGAAGCUGAAGUCGCAGUACCGGAGCCUGGCCCGGGACAGUGCCCAGGCCAAGCGCAAGUUUCAGGAGGCCAGCAAAGACAAGGACCGGGACAAGGCCAAGGACAAGUAUGUGCGGAACCAGUGGAAGCUCUACGCCCUGCACAACCAGUACGUGCUGGCCAUCAAGGCCGCCGAGCUGCACCGUACGUUGUACUUCCAGCAGGCGCUGCCCGCCCUGCACCGCUCCCUGCAUGGCCUGCACCAGGAGAUGGCACUCGUUCUGAAGGAGAUUCUGCAGGAGUACGCCGAGGUCAGCAGCCUGGUUCAGGAGGACAUGGGCUCCGUGCACCAGGAAAUCGCCCACGCCAUCCAGGCGAUCGACCCCGCCACAGAAUACGACAGCUUCCUCCAGCAGCAGAGGUGUGUGAGUGAGAUCCCGCCCAGGGUGACCUUCGAUGAGAGCCUGCUGGAGGAGAGCGAGAACCUGGAGGCCGACGAGCUGCAGCUGAAUGAGCUGACAAUAGAGAGUGUGCAGCACACCCUGACGGCCGUGGAGGAGGAACUAGCCAUUGCCACGGAGGCCAUGAGCAGCAAAGGGCAGCGUGUCCAGGACCUGCAGGCUGAGCUCCUGGGCGAGGAGCGGAGCGUGGGGCCCCGGGACCGGGUGCAGCUGCUGGGGAAGCGCCAGGCGCUGCAGGAGGCGCAGCUGCAUUUCCAGGUCUCCCUCUGCGCCCAGGCCAAGCUGCAAGUGCAGCGGGACGAGCUGCGCCGCAAACUGGACCAGCUGGGCUGCAGCGCCCCGCCCCCAGCCCUGCCCCUGCAGGACGAGCGGCCAUCGCUCUCCUCCACGGAGCUGGAGCUGGAGCGCCCAGGAGCCAGCGCGCUGGAGACCCUCAGGAAUCACAUCUCGGGCAUCUUCCGCCCCAAGUACUCGGUGCCGCCCCCCCUGCCGCUCCUCCCCGAAGUGCAGAAGCCCCUGUGCCAGCAGGCCUGGUACCACGGCGCCAUCCCCCGGGCAGAGGUGCAGGAGCUGCUGCUCCACAGUGGGGACUUCCUGGUGCGGGAGAGCCAGGGGAAGCAGGAGCAUGUGCUGAGUGUGCUGUGGGAUGGGCAGCCCCGGCACUUCAUCAUCCAGGCCUGCGAUGACAUGUACCGGCUGGAGGGCGAGGGCUUCCGCACCAUCCCGCUGCUCAUCGACCAUUUCCUGCAGUCCCGGCAGCCCAUCACCAAGAAGAGCGGAAUCGUCCUGGCCAAGCCCAUCCUCAAGGACAAAUGGGUGCUGAACCAUGAGGACGUGCUGCUGGGCGAGCGCAUUGGGCGGGGUAACUUUGGGGAGGUGUUCAGCGGCCGCCUGCUCGCUGACAACACCCCAGUGGCUGUGAAAUCCUGCCGCGAAACCCUCCCGCCGGAGCUCAAGGCCAAAUUCCUGCAGGAAGCCAGGAUCCUGAAGCAGUACAGCCACCCCAACAUCGUCAAGCUCAUUGGCAUCUGCACCCAGAAGCUGCCCAUCUACAUCGUCAUGGAGCUGGUGCAGGGGGGGGACUUCCUGACCUUCCUGCGCAGCGAGGGGCAGCAGCUGAAGGUGAAGGAGCUGCUCAAGAUGACGGCGAAUGCUGCUGCUGGGAUGGAGUAUCUGGAGAGCAAGCACUGCAUCCACCGGGACCUCGCAGCUCGUAACUGCCUGGUGACGGAGAAGAACUUGCUGAAGAUCAGUGACUUUGGGAUGUCGCGGGAGGAGGAGGACGGGAUCUACGCCUCCACAGGAGGCAUGAAGCAGAUUCCUGUGAAAUGGACGGCGCCAGAGGCACUGAACUAUGGCCGCUACUCCUCAGAGAGCGACGUCUGGAGCUUCGGGAUCCUGCUGUGGGAAGCCUUCAGCCUGGGCGCCAUCCCCUAUUCCAAUCUGAGCAACACCCAGACACGCGAAGCCAUUGAGCAAGGGGUGCGGCUAGACCCCCCCGAGCAGUGUCCUGAGGACGUGUACAGACUGAUGCAGCGGUGCUGGGAGUACGAUCCCCGGAAACGGCCCAGCUUCAGCACCAUUCACCAGGAGCUCAUCAGCAUCCGCAAGAGGCAGCGGUAACAGACCACGGGCUCCCAGGCCAGGAGACGCUGCCCUGGGCUGGAGCUGUCAGCCUAGGACCCUUGGGCAGAGCCCACACCAGUGCCGACUGCCCCCAGCGGCACUGUGAACGCCCGGUGUGACCACCCGUGGACUCGUUUUCCACCAUGGCCUGGGUCAGCACAGGCUCCAGCCAUCGCCGUCGGCCAGCCCCAGGCUGUUGGUUGCCUCCUGGGUGCAGAGAGACCCUGGACCGUAGGGUCUCCAGCCUGUGCAGCUCCAUCCCCUGUGCCUGCCCCAGCUGUCAAGCUGUGGGACAGAUGGGCCAAGCCCUUCUCUUCUGCUCUGGGGGAGUAUUUCCUCUGGAAUAAAAACCCCCCCCUCCUCA